AUGGCCCCCACAGAGUCAAAGAAGCGCCUCGCGCUUGCUAUCAUCGACUUUCUCAACACCAGCGUCAAGGACGGCACCCUCACGGCAGAUGACGCCGAGUCCAUCGAGAUCGCCCAGUCAUGCAUUGCGGAUACAUUCAAGGUUGACCCCUCCAACGGGGCCGCUAUGAAAGAAGCUCUUGGCGGACAGUCCCUUGCCAGCAUCUACAGCGUCUACGAGAAGUUGCGCAACAAGUCCCCCGCUGCCGGUUCCUCUAGCACCGAGUCUCAGGCUGAGAAGAAGCCUCAGGCCGGUACUCCCACGCCUGAAUCCGACAAGCUGAAGUCCGAGGGUAACGCCGCCAUGGCCCGCAAAGAGUACAGCAUUGCCAUCGACCUUUACACGAAAGCCCUCGCCAUCGCCCCCGCCAAUCCCAUCUACCUCUCCAACCGUGCUGCUGCCUAUUCCGCUUCUGGACAACCCCAGAAGGCCGCGGAGGACGCGGAGCUUGCCACAACCGUUGACCCCAAGUAUUCCAAGGCCUGGAGCCGACUGGGUCUUGCUCGGUUCGACCUGGCUGACUACCACGGAGCGAAGGAGGCUUACGAGAAUGGUAUCGAGGCGGAGGGUAACGGUGGAAGUGAGGCUAUGAAGAGGGGCUUGGAGACCUCCAAUAAGAAGAUCCAGGAGGCUAGCCGUGGCCCUGAACCCCCGGCAGACUCCGUUGACGAUGCUCCCGGUGCUUCGCGUGGCAGCGGCGGUAUGCCCGACCUUUCUUCCCUCGCUAGCAUGCUUGGCGGCGGUGGUGGUGGCGGCGGCAUGCCCGACCUUGGAUCCCUGAUGAACAACCCUAUGUUCUCUAGCAUGGCUCAGAACAUCAUGAGCAACCCGGAUAUGCUCGGCAACCUGAUGAACAACCCUCAACUGCGACAGAUGGCUGAGAAUUUCGGUCAGGGUGGUGGCAUGCCCGACAUGUCGAGCUUGAUGAGCGACCCUAACAUCGCCGAGAUGGCCCGGAAUUUCAUGGGCGGUGGUGCUGGCCGUGGUGGACCUCAAUAG